CCUUUGUUUGUUUGAUGUCGUCUCUUAAACCCUAAUUAGCCUGUCGAGCAGAACAGAGAAAGCUUGUCCGUUUUUUUUUUUUUGUUGUUGUUCGUAUUCUUCUCCGAAAAUCCACAUUUUUUGUGAGAAAGUGUUUUGCGGAAAUGGCUACUCCCAAUCCAAUUCCCGCCGGCAUUAGCAAGGAACAGGCAUUUAGCAUGGCGCAAACGGAGAUGGAGUAUCGAGUGGAACUCUUUAACAAGCUUGCUCAGACAUGCUUUAGUAAAUGUGUGGAUAAAAGGUACAAGGAAACUGAGUUAAACAUGGGUGAUAACAGUUGCAUUGACCGUUGUGUUUCCAAGUAUUGGCAGGUAAAUGGAAUGGUCGGACAGCUUUUAAGUGCUGGCAAGCCUCCCAUGUAAGCCAGUCUAGAGGCAGUGAUAGACCAAAAGCUCAUGUAGAGACCAAAAGAAACUCUGUUCUUUCUUUUUCUAAAGUUCAAGGCAAUACUGUUGUUUAUUGUCAACAAAAUUGCAUCAUAUUGUUCUCUGUGAACCCAUUAUUUCUAAAGGGGUGAACGAAAUAAUCAGUACUUUGACACUGAAAGAAAGAACAGGAGACAUUAGAUCAAUGCUCAACAGCUACAUUGUUCUCGUAUGGAAGUGUCUUAUGAUUUCUUUUCUCUUCUUCUUUCCACCUAUUGUUGUCAGUGGAAGUAAUGGCGUUUCAGAGAGCCCACUAUAACGCUCUGCCAUUACUGCAACUCGAGAUAGAUUCACAAUUUUCUUCAGUUUAACUUAUCUUGACUUUAAGAACUCUUGGGCCAGUAGUAAAGGCUAAACUAAGAAAUGGACUUGCGAACAUUUUCUACCUUGUUUAACAUUGUAGUUUAGAUGGUUGACUAUAGAGUUACGCCAAAUGAAUGAAUUGUACAACAGGUGCUGUGGUGUAGUGGUUAUCACGUUUGCCUUACACGCAAAAGGUCUCCAGUUCGAUCCUGGGCAGCACCAUAUUGUUUUUGAACUCAAAAUUCAUUUUUCUCCCUUGUAUUUACUAUUUCUCUUUUGAAGAAGGGAUUUUCACUUUCCAUUCACACAGACUAGGUCAUUGAUCUACCUUUUGGGCUAGUUCGUUUUUGGACUCAUUGGAUAUCAUACUAUAACUACAAGGGGAAUAUCCUCAAUGCUCAAGCUGUCCACGUCGGAUUAGAAAUUCAGACCAAUCAAAAGACAGUAUUUUACCGCAUCACAACAACUUAAAGUAAUUGGGCCUCCAUUGUGAUCUCCAGAAAUUAAAUUAAAUCAUGGCCCAUAACCCUUAUAAAACCUAGCUGCCAAAAUCUCCUAAGCAUCAAUUAAAACGACGCUUUCCACUUCAUCUUCUACACCUCCAAUUCCUGUAAUCAUCGUUACAGACCCCAUUCCUGAUCAAUCAAUGAUGCUCUUUAAUCCUUUCUUCAUGGUUUCGUUCCAUCUCCCCUUCAUUCUCUUCUUAUAUAAAUCUUUACAUUUAUGCUUAGGAGAUUGUUUGUUGAGCGAUCCUUCGGUCUGAGCCAGAGCUUGGGGAUGCGAAAUCACGCGCGUAAUGCAGCCUGCACGGACUCCGGGGAGAGCGAGGAGGCAGUGGUGGACAGGGAUCUGAACCUCGCCGACGAUGUGGAGACGGUGACGGAGGAGGAGAUCGUAGUUUCUGUGAAUCGAACCUCCGAGAGAAUUUUCCACCGGGAGGACGGCACGAUCCGCGAUCCAGAGCUCCACCGCCUGAAACGCGACGUCGAAUUGAUCACACGGGAUAGCUUCAGAGUUCGGGUAAGCUUUUCCGGCGGCAGCUUCAGAGUACGCGCCGGGGACUCCUUGGUACGCGACAUGGAGGGUGGAUCCAUGAGACGGCGCCGGCGAGAGAUCUGUGUUUGUUAACGGCUGAACCAAUCCAGGCUUCCCGUUCUUCGUCUCUGACGGAACGAGGCUGAGAUUGACAGAGCCGUUACUUGCUUUAAUCGUGCAAAGCGAUUUCAGAGCUUCUUACUCAGUUUUCGCCACUGGAACUGGAUUGGAUGUGAUGUUCUCCAUGUACCUCAUCAGCAACCUGUUCUGAUAUUUCUGUUGAAUUGCAGGUUAUGGCUUUGAAGGAAAGAGGACAGAUUAAUCCCUGAGGAAGCAAAAGCCACAACCAAGUUCUUUAUUUCUUGAUCAAAAACAUCUUAUAUCCUAUGUAAAUUAUCUCUCUCUGAUAACCUGAAGAACAUAUAAAUUUUUUUGCUGUAUGUGAUGGUCGAGAAAAAGAUUACAUGAUUUGGGAUGUGGAUUAAUUAACAUAAUUAAAUGAUUCGACAAUUA